AUGAAACGAAGUCAAGUUAAUCGUAUUGUUGCAAUCGCGAUAUGUGUAUUCAUUCUUUAUAGUGUCAGUUAUUUCAUUCCUGAUACUUCUGAUUCAGUAUUAAAACAACAAGCUUUAAAUAAAGAUCCUGUUUCCAUGACCUCAUCUAAAUUAGAUGAAAUUAAUAAUCGAAUUCAAGAAAUGAAAGAUAUUUCCAAAACUGGUCCAACUCCACAAUUAAAUUUAGCUGAAUUACAAAAAUUAAAAGAAGAAGAAGAAAAAAAAUUAAUUAUUCAACAAAGUAGUGUUAAAGUUAAUCAAAUUGAAGCUAGUAAAGAUCAAUUACGUAAGAAAUAUAAAGCUGCCAAUCCAGGUACCAAAAAGAUGAAAGCAACUUUUGUUACAUUAGCUCGUAAUAAUGAAUUACAUGAUUUAAUUCGGGCUAUAAGACAAGUUGAAGAUCGGUUUAAUCUGAAAUUCAAUUAUGAUUGGGUCUUUUUCAAUGAUGUUCCAUUCUCUGAUGAAUUCAUUAAACAAACCUCGGCCAUGACAAGUGGUGAAACCAAAUAUGGUUUAAUCCCUACUGAACAUUGGUCUUAUCCUGAUUUUAUUGAUAAAGAUAAAGCUGCUAAAGCAAGAAAAAAAAUGAAAGAUGAUAAUAUUAUCUAUGGAGAUUCAGAAAGUUAUAGACAUAUGUGUAGAUUUGAAUCAGGAUUCUUUUGGCAAAGUGAAUUAUUGGCUGAUUAUGAUUGGUAUUGGAGAGUUGAACCUGGUAUUCAAAUUUAUUGUGAUAUUGAUUAUGAUGUAUUUCAAUUUAUGGAAGAUAAUAAUAAAGUUUAUGGUUUCACUAUUUCAAUUCAUGAAUUUUUAGCUACCAUUCCAUCACUUUGGGAACAUACUAAAAAAUUCAUUGAAGAAAAUCCUCAAUAUUUACAUCCUGAAAAUUUCCUUAAUUUUAUAAGUGAUGAUAAUGGUGAUAGUUAUAAUUUAUGUCAUUUUUGGUCAAAUUUUGAAAUUGCCAAUUUAAAUUUUUGGAGAUCAGAAGCUUAUCGAAAAUAUUUUGAUUAUUUAGAUUCCACCGGUGGAUUCUUUUAUGAACGUUGGGGUGAUGCUCCAAUUCAUUCAAUUGCGGUAUCUUUAUUUGCUCCCAAAGAUCAAAUUCAUUAUUUUGAUGAUGUAGGAUAUAAUCAUGGAGUUUAUCAUCAAUGUCCGAUUAAUGCAGAUUUUAGACAAGAACAUAAAUGUUUAUGUAAUCCUGAUCAAGAUUUCACCUUUAGAGGUUAUUCUUGUGGUAAUAAAUAUUAUGAUGUUAUGGGAUUAGCCAAACCUGAUAAUUGGGAAAAAUUCACCUAG